AUUACAUCCACGUCGGCCUUCCAAUUAAUACUGAAGUGUGCACACUGCAAUGUCGCAUCUUCUUAAGAUUUUGGCAUUAUUAAUAUGCAUUUCUGUAACAAACUCUGUUUACAAAAAGAAGGAGGAUUCAUUAUCAGAUAAAGUUUCCCAACUAACAGAAUGGAACAACAAAAAAUCUGUAAUUCGUUUGACUGGGGACAAGUUCCGGGAAUUGGUUAAAACACCACCAAAGAAUUAUUCUGUUAUUGUUAUGUUGACAGCUCUUCAAUCUAAAAGGCAAUGUUCAGUUUGCAAACAAGCAAAUGAUGAAUAUUUGAUCCUGGCUAAUUCUUGGAGAUAUUCUCAGCAGUUUUCGGAUCGUCUGUUCUUUACGAUGGUGGACUAUGAUGAGGGCCCAGAUGUAUUUCAGUCGCUGAAGUUAAAUACUGCACCAGUUUUUAUGCACUUUCCUGCUAAAGGAAAGCCCAAGAAGGGUGACACCAUGGAUAUUCAUCGGGUUGGUUUUGCUGCUGAACAAAUAGCCAGAUGGGUCCAAGAAAGAACAGACAUCCAGGUUCGGGUUUUCCGUCCACCAAAUUAUUCUGGUACCUUGGCACUGGCCCUGCUGUUCUCUCUGAUUGGUGGUCUACUCUACCUUAAACGUAAUAAUCUUGAAUUCUUGUAUAAUAAAACUUCAUGGGGAAUAGGUGCCUUGGCUAUUAUUUUUGCUAUGACAUCUGGUCAAAUGUGGAAUCAUAUAAGAGGUCCACCAUUGAUGCACAAAAAUCCUCAAACAGGUCAAAUGCAUUAUGUCCAUGCCAGUAGCCAAGGUCAAUUUAUAAUGGAAACCUAUAUUGUUAUGCUGUUGAAUACAGCUGUUGUUGUAGGAUUUAUAAUGCUCAAUGAAGCUCAUACCAUGAAAAGUGAUGGUAGGAAGAAAAGAAUUAUGGCCCUAGUUGGAUUGGGAUGUGUAGCUAUUUUCUUCAGUUUAUUACUGUCUGUUUUCCGUUCUAAAUAUCAAGGCUAUCCAUACAGUUUCCUUUUCAAGUAAUGAGGAUGAAAACUUAGCUGUUACCUUUAAGGUUCUUUUUUAAAUAUUAAGUAAAAGUCAUUUCAGUUACAGUUUUAAAUUUUCUAAUGUUCCUUCUUUAUUAUGUUUUAACCAUUAGAUUUCAUUUUGUAAUUCAUAUCACUAUACUAGUGAUGAUGGGUCAUGUUAACCAUACCCUGCAUUAUAAAUAGCGUAGUCUGUAUUUAUAUUUUAUAUAAGGGCAUCAUUGUAAUACAGAUGAUCCAUGUAAUGUACAGUCAAUUUUUGAUUUAUUAAAGUGAGAGUUUUUUUUGUUAGAAAUGUCAGCUUGAAGCAAAGCCGCUGAUCAUAAUCCCAUGGAUUUUGAAUCCCUUGCAAACAACAAUUUUAUUAUCUCGGUCACCCUUGGACCUCCUAGUUUGGUUUUUUAUGUGGUCUAUUAUCCAGUAUCUCUGUAUCAAGUCGGGGAGGGGGGGGGGGGUUGGAUGGUCGAAUGGUAAGCAUGUGCGUGCUGUAUCAUAAGGCCUGUCAUUGAGUCAACUGGUGUGGUUUUGAAUCCCCGGUUGUAUGUGACAAGAGGAGUAGGGUUGCCUGUCCAACCUCGUGGGUUUUCUCUGGGUCAUCUGGUUUCCUCCCACUGAAAUUAAACCAUAUGUUAGUCCCGAAAUGACCUAGUUUGUGGCAAGUGGACGUUAAACCCCAUUUCUCUCUCUCGCUCUGUAUCAAGUCAAGUAAGAGUUGUGCCCCUUCCCACACUAAAUCCCAUAAUACUUGCAUUGUUAUAAACAAACAUGAAUCGUGACGAAUUCGCAGUAAUUAAAAACAAAUAGAUGUGGCCCAUGAAGAGAGAAAUUUUACAAUAAAAAAUUUUAAGUGUUGGCUAUUGAAUGGCAUGCUUAAAUUAAUUUCAUGGGCAUCAACAUCUUGUUUUAGGACUAGUUACCUCCCUUAGACGUUGUUUACGAUAAUGUAAAAGAUCAGAUGAUCUAGCCAAUGACCUAUUAUUCUCAAAUGUUGACAAUGCAUCCAGACUAAUAUUCAUGGAUGAUAGAGACUACAAUGUUAUGAAAGUUGAAUCUCUAAAAGAAGUGUCUGCCCCAGUAAGCUUCAGUUCCGUUCAGUAUUUACAAAGAUUUAGCAUCGGAUAAUAUAAACAAGCCUGUGCUACCUAUAAUCUUUUUAAUCUGAUUAAAGCCAUUGAUAUUUUGGUGGUGUUUUUCUUUAAUUAAAUGUUAAAUAAUAAACUAAGUACCUUUUUGGGUGGAUUAAGUUGUGAAAAAUUAGAUAUCUAAAAAAACACAUUAGUGGCUUUAAAUACUGUGGUUAUUAUAGUUUUGCUUUAUCAGUUUCAAACGUUUCGAUAUUUAAACUAUGCAAAAACUUUGUAAAACUUUCAAAAUGCUUUAAUCAGAAUUGUUUUAUUCAGUUUUUACUAUAAUUGUAAUAUGUUAGCAAGUAAUAUGGAAGAGCUUACAGUUUACAAUCAUGAGUGUGGGAUACAUCAUAGUCUUAUUUACAAGUUGGAAAAGUUACUUGUAUUGGACAAUACAAGGAAACUUGUCAAAAAUACAUAGACAUGAAUACAGCACAAACAUUAGAAUCAUGCUUUUUCAAAUCUAAUUUGUAUGUAAUUAAAAUGUAGUGUGAGUAGGGUUAAAAUAUUCAGAAAUUACCAUACAUAUUUAUCUAUCUGGUUUUUGUUGUUUUGUAUAUUUUCCAUGUAUAUCUAUUUUGUCAAAUUGUUUAAUGUAAAUAAAAUUGUGGUUAAAUAA